GCGGGAAAGAACCCUGAAAACGUGAGACAAGCAUGGGAAACGUUGGGUCCAGCGGUGAUGCUGUUCUUAGCGACGACGAAGAGCCUCUCUCCGAGACCGUGUUGACAGACGUGAGUUCAGGAGAUGCCGGGAUGGAUCUCUCUGUGCUAUUUGACUUGACGACAGUCAGAAACAUGUUCCUCCACAGCUCGGAGCCGAUUGGUACCAAUUUGCUCAAAAUUCACAAGAAGGACUUACUGCAAUGGGUAGAAGACAAGCAGAGCAAGGGAGAGGAUACGUUGAACUUUUCGCAGUUUAUGGAGUUUUGGAUAAACAAAGGAUGUAGUCGAGAUGAAUGUGUUUUGAUAUUUAAGCAGUUUGACUUGUAUGACGAAAGUGUGGUCGAUAUCGAACAGAUUAGAUUGUAUCUUUCAUCAGACGAACGUGUGGGAGCCAACACCACAUUCCAAAAACUCCUACGCAACAUCGAACGUUCAGGCAUAUUGCCAGGCAUCGCAGACUCGUCCGUCUGGAACAAACCAAGCACUCCUGAUCACCACAAAGUUCUACUAGAUUUUGUGUUGAGAAACAGAUUGUCAAGUAGUCAUUUGCAUCUGCCGAUGUUGGAUUCGUUUCAUCGACAAAUCGAUUUGAGAAUGAAGGGUUUGAAGAAACACUUAGAAGCAGCAAGAAAGAAAGUUGAGAGUCAGAAAGGAGUUGUUGUUGCUGAAGAGCAGCAGUCAGUGCGGCAAAUCACGACUAGAUGUUUCUUGUCACUCGAAACGUCGUCCAAUCAAGGAGAAGCUCAUAAACUGAUAAAUGGUCGAACUACUGAUUACUGGCAGUCUGAAGGGAGAACUGGUGCACACUGGAUACGAUUGCAUAUGAAGCCAGGUAUUAUUGUCAAGCAACUGCAGAUCUAUGUGGCGGCUGCUGAUCACAGUUAUGUGCCAUCGUUGAUACACGUGCAAGCUGGUAGUCGCACAAAUCAUUUGAGACAGAUGGGAGAAGUACGAAUUCCAAAUCGUUUUGGAGGUUAUGUAACUUUGUUGGAAAACUGCAAAAAGGAAUAUUCAGUCAUUCAAAUCAACAUCAAGCGUUGCCAUUCUGAUGGCUGUGAUGCACGUGUGCGAGUCGUCACGGUCAAAGGAUUACGGCCUGAUACAGCACGAGAAGGCAGUCUACUUGAUUCGUCUGCUUUGUGGUUGCUACAACUCGUGCGGUCAACUGCAGUCGCGAGCAUUCCAUCUACACCACAACUGAGGAAUAUUAUAUUAUCACAGUCAAAGUCUGCAGUAAUGGCCAUGCCUCCACUGUCUCUUGCAAUUGGUUCCACACAACGACCUGUUGGCCUGUCUGGUGUUGUACUAGAGGAAGUCACUGACUUUAUGUAUUCACUUCUUUAUGAUCAGUCAGAGGGUAUGAGUACCGAUGGUCUCCAUUCGUUGCUUGGUCUGUCUGUUGCUCGAGGAAACGUCGUGAAUAUUUUGAAAGUUUUACGGUUGCUGUUUGACAAUUCCGAUGUACAAUUGAGCGUCUGUCAUCUUUGUUAUCAAAUGACUGACACAAGUGAUACAUGCAAGAGAUCACACGGUGAACAGUUGUCGAUUCAGUUAGUGGCUUGUGAUGGCGGCUAUAAAGAUGAUGAUAACAAACCCAUCAAUGUCAUUUAUCCUGGACCUGAUUCCUUUUUGUCAUCCGAAGGAAAGAACAAAUGCAACAUUGUCUUCAAAUCUCGUAGCUCAAUCCACACCGAAAUCACACAAUUCAAUCUCAAGGUGUCCAGGGGAGCAACCGGUGCCAAGAAUGGACUUGUCUUUGUGUUUGAUUAUCCCGGUGAGUUUAACAUGGAAGCUGUUGCCAAGCAACUGACUCAGUAUGAUGAUUGGACUGCCACAGAAUACACAGACUAUGUCAACAGUGUGAAAGACGCACUUCCUGGGACGGUCUCCAUUGGACAGUUUUCACCAGUCGGCUACUUUGAGACAACAAGUGAAACAGACGACAUUGAAGUCGACAUGGACUUCAUCAGACCAGGAAAGUACAUUCUGUUGAAGCUGUUGGGUCCUCGACUGGUCACUGCGGAACGCGUUGGUGUCGUCUAUGCUUCUUUCAAGGGCUACAUUGAUGUGAAAGUAUCAGUUGAAGACAGCGAAUUGGCAGUGGAACGUUUGGCUUUGUUACCGGACAUGACUGAUGAUGAUGUACUCGUGUCUGGCUCGUCUGUUGCAUUGCAUCUGCUGUCGUUUACGUGUGCUUUGGCUGAUGAUCUGGAACGACUGAGGCAACAGAGGAGAGCUGGUGGUGGUUUGGCUACUAGGGAGCCUCGGUUGGAGAUGGAAGGUAUCACUUUGCAAGGCAUCUGGGACACCUAUUCCUCCCUCUUAGACAGGAGCAGCGUCAUAGAUGAAGCGUGUCGUCUGCUGUUGCUUCAGCUAUUGCGAUAUCUCCUUCCUUAUCUUAGUGCUUCAAGCAGUAAAGAGAAACAAGAAAUGAAGAGAGAUCCAGCGGGACAUCGUCAACUGACUCGUAAAGUAUUCCAACAUAUGUGUGACAUCGUUGACAACAGUCAUCGAUAUCGUUCGUCCGUCCAACAAGCUGCGAGGGACGUGAUUUUGGACGGUGCUAGCGUCUUCUUCCCGGAUGACGAGACACGUCACUUUCACCUCAUGCAGAUGAUCGACUCUAUAGUCGCAAGAAAGCGAGUUCCGUCUCAGGAUUUGACGUUUGAGUCGAUGUGUCGUUUCUUUAGCAGCAUGGAUGCUAACAGUCUUUUGGGGUUGCCAUCACAGGCACCAGAGGGAGAACCAGUCGGUAAGCAAGCUAUCGUCACAUUGUCAACUCUCGUGUCUGUGACACAAGCCGAAGCCAUUACAUGUUUGACUGUUGAGCAAACCAAGUCGAGAAAACCAAGUGACCUCGUUCAGUUGCUUUGUGCUCUUCAGAGAAGCCUCUGCUCGUGGUGUUACAGUCAACUGGUCCAGUCACCAUCAGAAGCACAGAAACAGAGUAUAGCAGGAUUGAUAGCACAAUACACUGAAAUGAUGUCUGAGAAGGUUCAGGAGCUGUUUGCAAGGCUUGAAGGGAUGGACGUUGAAAUGACGUUGUCUAUUGAACGGCUGGGAUACUCGUUUGCUGGGAUGGCAUUCAGACAACUGGCGUUGACUCUUGGACAUGAAGUCUUUCUCUCUCUUGAUCCAUGUCGUGUUGCUGUUUUACGAAGUUUGCUGCCUGUCUGUGUGGCUAUCAAUAAGUUGUCAAUGAAAGGAACUGCGCCUCAAAUGUUUUAUUCUGUUUUUUCCACUCACUGGGUAAGCACUACGGAACCUGUGGUUUUGAAGACUUGGGAUCGAGAGUCACGUCACAAAUAUGACAACAAUGCGAAGAUCUACGAGACUUUUGAAUGCUCUGCUGCCAGAGCCUUCAGAGUUGAUUUCGAUCCAAACUGUGAAACAGAGAAAAGAUACGAUUACCUCGAGUUUAUCGACUCGUCUGGUAAUGUUUCACGGUUCGAUGAGAAAGUUGGAAACGAAAAGUGGCCAUUGUCUGUCAUGUUCAAAUCUGGAGGAAAACUUCAGUUCCACUUUCGUUCUGACAGUUCAACUAACGAGUGGGGCUACAAAUUUACAGUGUAUGCGUUGGGACAUCCGGAGAUUCUGUUAUGCUGGAUGUUUGACUUGCAGUUACAUUUAUCUGUUUUGUGUGGUCAGUAUACAAGCUACGGGCUCAUCAGUUGUCCAGUGGACCCUAAUGUGGUCACUUCCUCUUCACCUGAUGAACAAAGAGAUGAAAACUUGACUGAACAAGCUGUCUGGAAGACACUGUUUGCUAAUGGCUACCAGACUGACCUAACUUCAGCCAUGACUACUGUGAAUCAGUUCCUGCACUCACUUGUAACAGCUAGAGAAGGCAGCACCGCCAUCCAGUUGAUUGAACAUUUGCGUCGCUUACGGCGAGGGCACUACAUUGGUGAUGAGCUGAUCAAUUCAGCUGUCCAUGCAGUCUUUGCUGCUUUGUUGUGGCACUCUCCAGAUCUUCAUCCUUGGCUUCAGCAAUUGGUUUGUCCACCUGAGGGACAGUUCGUACAAUCUGAUGUACCACCUGGUGUGCUACAAGCUUUUACUAUGGCUGAAUCACUGCGUGGUCAGCUCUUUGAGCAACGUCAGAGGCUGAUCCAGAAACUAAAUGAAAUAACAGACUCAGGUCCACCAGCCAGCAAGAAACAGAAAGUGGAACAGAAAGAAGAAGAAAUAGAUCCAACUGCUCACGUUGUCGCUUUCAGAGACAAAGCAUUGUUUCUUCUCUCUGUCAGUUUCUCGAGUGACAAGAAAUCUCAGCAGAUGGAACAGAUUCCUGCCAACAUGCCAAAGUGGCUUUUCAAACCAAAGAAUUGGUCUCGUCUCUCAUCAGUGAUUGGAUCAUGUGCUCAUUUCAAACAGAUUCCUGGUGCUAUGGCUCAGUCUACGAGCUCAGCAGCUAGUGCAGUACUGGAAUUCAUUAAGAACGAUGCAUAUAGUUUGAAUAGUGUAAAGCGCUUGUUGUCUAAGAGAACCCAACGGGCCACUAUGGUUGCCGAUCUGUACAAGUUUGCUGCUGACUUUGUGCAAGCUUGUGCUGAAGAAGAGAGUCUACAUACAAUCAUUGUAGCUAAUUUUGCUAUCCACAUUCUUGACUACCAGAAACAGUUCGCAAGGCAUUACCUGGAUAGACUGGAUGGUUGUGGACUGGCAUUAGAGCGUUGCGUCCAACUGGCUUUUUACAAUUUGAUCAAGGUGAUGAUGAACGUUGUGCACGAGGGUCAGCAGCAUACGAGUGGUCAACCAGCUGAUCUCAUUGCCUUCAGAAUGGGCACGUUGCAUCUUCUCAACAUUGAGUGGCGGAGCUCUGACUUUCAGUUUAUGGUUGAUGUUGACUUUGUCGAUUUUCUUUUGGAGAGUUACAGAGGUUCUGGUUCUUCACCAAGAGUAAGACGACUCUACGGUGAAGACCAAGGCGAAGAAUGGGUAGGAGACGUUUACAUAGAACAGCAGGACAAGUUCUUGGUUCCUGCCAAAGAGAACUUCGAAAAGUGGUACACAGAAGCCAAGCAGGAAGCUAAAACACAAGAAGAUCACAAUAAAUUGAAUCUGUUUAUUGCUGUGUUCUGUAAUGUUCUUGGUGUGGACAUUUCUUGUACUGGCUGCCAACGCACGUUGAGUGGUCCUCGUUAUCGUUGUCGAUACUGUCCAGACACUAAUCUGUGUGAAGAGUGUUACAAAGGUAAAGUGUUUCCCGAAAACCACUGCAUCUCUCACGAAAUCUUUCGUUUGGAAGUAACGUGUGAAAUGUGUGGCGCAUACGUUUUCAGUUACAGUCACUUUUACAAGACCAACGAUCCCGACAAAGAGAAUUUCUAUCGUUGUCAUGGUUGCUAUAACAGGAAGAUGUCGGAAGGUUCGUAUAUGAGUCCUCCGUCUGGCUAUACUGGGCACACUGCGAUUCAUCAUGGAGAGUUUGAGAUUGACUAUGUGGAUCGCUCUGAGAAAAUAGCUAGAUUAGGACUGGUUCAGAACUACUGUCAGACGUCAGCUUGGAUGACGUUCGUUCAAAUUGCUCUUACCAUAAACGACCAACUAAACUCACCCAAAAAGGUGGAUUCAAACACUUUGUCUCUGGCUAACAAGCUUUACGUCAAGUGUGCUACACCUUUGUUUGACGCCAUUCUGUCUUGUUGUCAACAGAUGGAAGAGGAGCAACGUCGGGAUCGAAUGAUGAGAGACUUCAUGAUGGGUCGUCUUCGUGGUAGCAAGAUGGGUGGGCCUAUGGCAGCUCGUAUGAGGGAAAUGAUGCCUUUCAUGCAUCCAAGACGAAUGCCGCCUUCCUUUUUCAUGCGUCACAUGGAAGAAGAAUUUAUGGGCCGAAUUCCUCAUGAACUGCUAAUGGAAGGACUCAUGUUUGGUGAGUUCGGAGGCAUGGGAGGUCCUAUGGACGACGACGACGAAGAACAAGAAGGUCAGGACGGUGAAAAGGAAACCGAAGAAGAGGAGAACCACGACAUAAUAAAGGAAAACACAUACAAUCAACAAGACCAGAUGCAUUACACAAGCAAAUUGGAAUGUUAUGUUGGCCUGCUGGCUUACUUGCUGCCUCCUGAUCUUACGCUUUCUCGAUGGCAGCCUUUGAAGGAUAAUUUUGAUGAAUUUGCUGCAACAAUGUUGAUACCUGCGUUGGUCAAGAUUAGCAAUCGACCUGAUUAUGCGGAGACCGAAUCACGUGUGUUGACCACGUCGUUGCUUGGCCAGCUACUUGCUUGUGUGACACCAGAGAGUGCCGACCAAGGUGUCCUACUUGCUACAAAAUACAAGCCUCCCAGAAGAACGUGGAGAGACGAGCCCGUGGUACCCGAAGUUCCUCGUGAGUACAAAAUCCCAGGAGAACGAACCAUCGAUUUCUUUGUGAAGUUUGGUGGAGAUCUACUGGACAGAGAGUAUCAUGACACUGGAAGUGCCAUUGUCAGAGUCAUUCGGAGGCUUUCGUUGAUACCGCAAUGGCAGAAAGCUGUUUCUGCUUUAAUCUUGGGACGUCUGACAGAUUUGGUGGAGACUGUGGACAACAAGCCACCUGAUAUGGUAGAUCUUUUCACUCUGAUGACUUUGGCUGGUUAUCCACCCCUGAAUGGCAUGGGUAGUCUCGCUCGUGUCUAUGACGGUGGAGAGCUAAAGGUGGUGGCUCUGAUGUCAAACCUACAAGAUCGACCUGCUGUCUGCACACUUGAAUUAAACAGCAGGAAGAAACGCUAUUGGAUAAAGUCUAAAGUCCUUCGUCGUCCUCGUGAAGACGAUCGUUCCAACAUCGUCAGUUGUCCAGAAGAUUUCUACUCGCUUCUGUUCUCUCUGAUCAAAUUGCUAGGUGCUUAUAUAGCUCACUCUGUGGUGUCAUCUCAGGAACUGGUGUGGGCUUUUGCAUUGAUCUUGAAGGCGGUCGUUCCUUGUGUUGAGGGUGACGACAAUCUUGAAAACUGCAAGGCUCUUUUGACUUCCGGUUGUCUGCCUCGUCUCUUUCAGGUGGCCUGUAGAGGCACAAACAUGACACGAGAGUUGAUUGUGGAUAUAGCUGAGAUUGCAGCAAUGAACUACUUUAGGAGACAGCGGGAUGAGGCAAAACGUAUGAUUUCGAGAGACACUCCGAAUCCAGUGGAAAAGGUUGAGGGUUAUGGUCAUAAGAAUGUCUACUACAGAAGUGAGGCGAAGACAAAUGAUACUGCAGCGGCGAAGGCUCUUGAAGGACUCGAUGAGAUUACGCGUUCAACUCUGACGACAAUUGUUGAUGCAGUUCAGUGCCCAAUGUCGUGGCUGCGUGCCAUUUACGAACUAAACAACCAAGAGCAGAGCAGAAUGCUCCUAGAAGUCCAACGAAGAUACGACGGUACAGCUCUGAGACCAACAGACAGCAUCCUGGCUGAGGCCAGGAAGUGGGAGCCUGGAUACAAGGAAAUGCUUGAACGUGAGCUGGAUCAGUUGAAGAUCGAUGUUGGCGUUACACGCUUCAAUACUGUUGAAGUAGAUCCAAACGAUUGGGUAUUGGAACCCGAAGACUCACGAGGCCCACAUCUCGUCCCAAUACCAUCAGCAGCCAGCAUCUCAGAAGAGCUUAGAGAAGUGAAUGCAAGAGCAAAGGCGUACGAAAUCGUUGCAACUCAAGUCAAGCUCGAUUACAACAAGGCCCAUCAUCUCACUUACAUCCUGAAGCUUUUUGAUGCGGUUGCUAUACUUCAUGUACGACGCCUUAUGGCUGCUGUGUUUGCAAACUGGCCUGUUACAGAGGCCCUGCAACCCGAAGUUUUGGAUCAUGGUGAUGGUAUUUGUAUGAUUGGGUUUUUUGACCUCAUAGAGCGAUUGGAUGACAAGCCACUCUUUGACAAGGGCCUUAAAUCGUUUAUCAAGUGCAGUUCUCCUGAUGUCUUUAAACCCUUGUCACUGGCUGCAUGCCAGGGCAUGAUGCGACACAAGAUAGUGACAGUAUUGAGAGAGUCGCCUCAUAACUAUGAGAAUGCAGCCACCAUAGAGGACAAAGUACACAUUCCUGGUGCAGCUGGAUUGUCCAUUCGGUUUGACCCACGUUGUCAGACUGAGCCGAUUUGUGAUCAUCUCAUAUUGUCCACGUCAUCUGAUUAUGUUCGUGACUACCGAAACUAUCACGGCCACGGAGUGAGCAACUGGCAAAACUUUGAGAUUCCCUAUGACACUCUGUAUUACAAGUUUCUAACCGAUCACACAAACAAUGACUGGGGAUGGAGGUUUACUGUGAUUGGUGGACGAACUAAACGGUAUGAUAUCGGGUAUCGCGUACUCUCCACUAUGCUGAGCUCUGAUGUUGAGUUUGCCAGACGGUUGCCUUUGCGGCAGAUCUGGACAUUACUUGUUGGUGUCAUUUGCAGUCAGAUAGGAGACGAGCGACUGAGGGCAAUCGGAUUGCUAGUGAAAGUGUUAAUGGUUGUGACAAGUCCCACCCCAUGGAAAUCCAAACUGGCAUUUGAAUCCAGCAAACCUGAUCUAAGACUCCUUAGGCCAUUGUGGUACCUUUACACAGACUUGCUGAACAUUGAAGCAGGUGGAGGUAGUGUCACAUCGCUGGUCUCACCUGUGUUGCGGGGCCUUACUGAGCUGUUCAUGGUUGUUGAGACUGUGGCACAGAAGUGGGGUGUGUUAGGAGAACUUGCAUCUCGACUAACAAGACGGUCGAACUUGAGACGAUGUUUUAUAAAGGGUGUAAUGAAUGUUGGUAUACUUGGAUCCUACGUCCACUUACCUAGCAAAGCAACUAAAGCACUAAAGAAAGGCAUGCGAAAACAUCAACGUAUCCAUGCAGUAGCAAAGACUAAGAAGCAACAUGCAAGUGACGUUAAAGCUGCCGCCAGCAGUGAACAAAGGCGUGGUUGCUUCACUAGCUGACUUCUUUUGAUUCAAGCAGGAAUAUGUGGUUUUUUAAAGCAGGUAGUUGUGUAAGUGUGAGUGACUUGUUUGUCUAAUAUCGGAACACGUGUAGAGCAUAGGAGUUUGAUGUUUGCUUGUUGUUAAGAAAAAAAAUACUGUUUGUUGAG